AUGCAGGAAAUUGUGGUCGGUAUUGAUUUUGGAACAACCUUUUCCGGGGUGUCUUGGGCCAUAAAUCAUGGCAAAAAGAGUAUUCGUCUCAUCCAGAACUGGCCCAAGACUGGUGCAAUCAACAACAACGACGUCAAAGUUCCAACUACUAUUGUCUAUGACAGCACAGGUAAACCAGCAAAUUGGGGUUAUACGAUAGGUUUCAAGGAGGAAAGUCUUCGCUGGUUCAAAAUCCUGCUCGAGGCAGACCCGAGGUACUCGGACAAAGCACGAGAAAUCCACGAGACCAGGAUCCUAUUGGAAAACCUUGGUAAGACACCUGUCGAGGUUGCUGGCGACUACCUCGGAAAGAUUUGGGAGUAUACGCAAAAGGAUAUUCGGCGUCACAUGGGCUGCGACGGGUGGCAGCAAGACUGCGAAAUACUCUUUGUCGUCACGGUACCUGCCGUCUGGUCUGCAAGCGCCAAGCAGAAAACCUUGGACGCGGCAGCAGCCGCUGGACUGGGACCCCGCAUUCAGCUGUUGCCUGAGCCCCAGGCUGCGGCCUUGGCGGCUUUGGAGGAGAUGGAAGAUCAGGACAGGCUCAAGAUUGGAGAAGCAUUUACCAUCUGCGAUGCGGGGGGUGGAACUGUGGACCUCAUCAGCUACGUGGUAACAGACACCAACCCUGUCAGGAUAAGAGAAUGUGCCGUCGGCGAUGGAGAUUUGUGUGGGUCCGUCUAUAUCAAUCAUGCUUUCGAAAAAGACCUCAAACUCAGAGUCGGAGAGAGACAGUACAAGUCGAUUCAAAGGGCUAGACGUCGGAAGAUGCUUUUGGAUUUCGACACUGUAAAACAAUCCUACGAAGGCGACCCGACAAAGGACUUUGAAGUGGACCUGAAGGGGGUCCAAGACAGCAAGGAGAACGGAAUCGAGGAUGAAACCAUAGCAAUCUCGGCGAGCACCAUGAGAACUGUGUUUGAUCAUGUCUGCGGCCAGAUUGAAAACCUCAUACAAAAGCAGUUACAGAGCGCAAUCCUUUUGGUGGGUGGAUUUGGUGAAUCCAAGUAUCUAUAUCAUCGACUAGAAGAGAGUUACCAGUCAUGCGGGAUACGUGUCAUUCAGGCCCAGGGCGCUUGGUCAGCCAUUUGUCGAGGUGCAACCCUAUGGGGUCUCUCGAGGUCGUCACCCACGCUUGCUCCCAUGGUUACCUCGGUCAAGUCGAGGGUGAGCUAUGGAAUGUGUGUGCGUGAACCCUACGAGGCAAACGUGCAUCUGGAGGAAGAUUUGGUUUUCGACGAGGAAAAUUGGGAAUGGAUGGCUGAUAACCAAAUGAAUUGGCUGCUCCAAAGGGGAGAUACAAUCGAAGAGGGAAAGCAGCUGCAGCUGUCUGUUUUCCGGAACGUGGCUUUCGAAGAGAAGAAACUAUUUUCUCCCACUGUCCCCACUUUCACUGAGCACACUUUUGAUGUGACACUAUGGGUGUCUCACACGGACAGUCCCCCAUCGCGAGCAAACGAUUCUUGCAAGGAGCUGGUUUCGGUCAAUGUUACGUUGACCAGAGCUCAGAUCAAAGACUUUGGACAUAAAUUCAAGAGCAAAAAGGACAAGAGCACCUGGCGCCGCGUCGACUACACGGUCGUCAUGACGCUAAACAAUUCGCAUUUUGAGAUUACUGUAAACUGCAGGGGGCAGGACAUCACUUCUUUCAACACCGAAUACGUGGAGGAGUAG